ACGGAACAAAAGUAGGAACAAAAAACAAACAGUAUGUUUUCAGCCCGGACCGUUUUUCCGACCGGACCUAGAAGAAGUUGGAGUGCUGAUCAUUUCGGUCAGACAACCGGCCGUUAUCUCCGUGGUUACCGGCCCCGUUGAACCGGAAAAAUGCCCAAGAAGAAAACCGGUGCCCGGAAAAAGGCUGAGAGUCGAAAGGAGCGAGAGAAACAGAGUCGAGCCAACCGGGAACACAUCCAAGUGGCCAAACACCCCUGCAACUUUAACAUGGAAUGUGACAAAUGUCAGAGAAAACAGAAGAACAGAGCUUUCUGCUACUUCUGUAACUCAGUGCAGAAGCUGCCUGUCUGCGCUCAGUGUGGCAAAACCAAGUGCAUGAAGUCAUCAGAUUGUGUGAUCAAACAUCCUGGGAUCCACAGCACUGGAAUGGCCAUGGUGGGCGCAGUGUGUGACUUCUGUGAAGCUUGGGUGUGCCACGGCAGGAAAUGUCUUAGCACUCAUUCCUGCGUGUGUCCUCUGACUGAUGCAGACUGCAUUGAGUGUGACCGCAGUGUGUGGGAUCAUGGAGGGCGAAUCUUCCGCUGUUCCUUUUGUCAAAAUUUCUUGUGUGAGGAUGAUCAGUUUGAACACCAGGCCAGCUGCCAAGUCCUUCAGGCAGAAACAUAUAAAUGUGUUUCCUGUAAUAGACUGGGACAACACUCCUGCCUGCGCUGUAAGGCCUGUUACUGUGAUGACCAUGCCAAGAGUAAGGUCUUCAAACAGGAGAAAGGUAAAGCUCCACCCUGCCCCAAGUGCGGUCACGAAACCCAGGAGACCAAAGACCUCAGCAUGUCCACUCGCACGCUGAAGUUCGGCCGCCAGGCCGGAGCUGAUGACGACGACGAUGAUUACGGAGCGUCGGGUUACGAUUCCUACUGGAAGAACUUAGCAUCUGGAGGCGGAGACCAACAGGACGACUAUGGAGAGGAGGAUGAUGAUGAUGAUGAGGACGAUGACGAGGAGGACGAUGACGAGGAGGAGGAAGAUGAUGACGAAGAGGAGGAAGAAGAAGAAGGUGGAGAGGAAAAGGUCGCUGAUUCUGUGGCUGUUCUUAAACUGGACGAGACUGCCUAAACUGAGACAGAGACUAAAGAAACCUGUACAGUCCCAACAUGAUAUUACACGUCAGGAAUUAAUAAAGACAUACAGAGGAAGAAUUAGGAAGAGUAUAGUUGGUAUAACUGGGGCUGGUUAUCAACACUAGUGCUGUUACAACACACAGACUCGUUACCUAACUAGAAGCGUCAGAAUUAAAAUAUUAAUUUUGAUUUUAAUCAGAAACUGACUUAUAAGAACAUAAGUAAACCGUUAUGAAUUAUGAAUCUGACCUGACAGUCACUGCCAACAUGUAUUCCUUGAUGGUUUUUGAUAAUAAAUGGACAUAUUUCAGUUGGUACUGAAAAGGUAUAUAACAUUCUAUAUCCAGUCCUAGAGACAUCUUGUUUUCUGCUUUUGUUGUGACAUUCAGGGCCGGAUUGAUCCACCAGGAGCAUAUAGUCCAUUUACAUUUUGACACAAACAAGUAACAGAGUUGCGAAGUGGGAGCAGCUGCUAACUCCUGAAGUGUUUUUUUUUACAACAAUAAAUUUGCAUUUCAAAGUUUUGUUUGAAUGAUUUUCUCAAUGUUCUUCAACAUAGAAACACAGGAAUCAUAAUAUUGUAACAAUGCUCUAUAGGUUGCUGUUAUGAUAAUCAGUUUUAAUUAUUUCAACUUGGAUAUGGAUAUCGUGUUAUCAGCCACUGUAGCUGCAGGGAGCAAGACAGUCAGGGAUGCAAAUCAGAGCUGCAGCUUGCAGAACAAAAGCCAUUUUUUUCCUGCAUGCUGCAGCUCUGAUUUGUUUCAAGGUCAAACGAUUAGAUAAUUCUUACAGAAAUGCACAUUGGGGGUCAUAGUUAACUUCUCUACCUGUGUGUGUGUUUGUUUGUUUUUAUGGUUACAGUCUUGUCCCCAGUCAUAUUUUCUAAUGUAGUUGGUCAUCCUUUGUAUUGAACUGAUGACGCAUCCGGGAGAGUUUCAUGACCAUCUGAGCCUUGGAGGUGUCGGUCAUCUUAACACUAUGUAAACUACAUGAACAGAAAAUUAACAUGACUUUUACUUCUGGAGCCUUGGUUGUCUGAAAUAACCUGUCCCACUUUGCAACUCAAUAAUCCCUUUUGGCCCUCAUAUUGAAUAUGGUAUCAGCCCUGGUUACAGCCUGAAAUAAACUUUAGGAUCAUGUCUUUACAGUGUAAUAUAUGAUAAACUGCCGGUUACUGUGGUAAUUCACAAAGCUUUCCAAACCUCUUAACAUAUUGGCCCUUGAUCAUUGUAAUCAUCUGCACUUGUUGAGACAUGUUUGUGUAUAAUAUGCCAAUAAAUCAUAAAAAAGAAA